CGCGCGCCCGCCCGGGGCCGCAGACGGCGCGCAGCGCAGCCCAGCCGAGCCUCGCGGGGCCGCCGCCAGCCCUGCCGGCCGCCUCCCGAGCCUCCCGGGGGCGCCGGGCCUGCCGCCCCCCGCGGCCCGCAGACAGCUCCGCGGGAACCGGCGGGCGCGCCGCGCUCCUCGCCGCCGCCGCCGCGCGCGGUAGUGCGAAUAAGGAUAAGAGACGCAGCCUGCCGGGGCAGGGAGCCCCAGGCCUCUUGCCAACUCUGGACCCUUCCCUGGACGCCUCUUCCUGUUUCUGGAUUUAUCCUCCGGGAGCCUUCCCGUCUGCAAAGUCCUAGGGCCCUAGAGGCCACGGGCAGGAUGCUCCGGGUCCUGGUGGGGGCCGUCCUCCCCGCAAUGCUGCUGGCCGCUCCGCCGCCCAUCAACAAGCUGGCACUGUUCCCGGACAAGAGCGCCUGGUGUGAGGCCAAGAACAUCACCCAGAUCGUGGGCCACAGCGGCUGCGAGGCCAAGUCCAUCCAGAACAGGGCGUGCCUAGGACAGUGCUUCAGUUACAGCGUUCCCAACACCUUCCCGCAGUCUACGGAGUCCCUGGUUCACUGCGACUCCUGCAUGCCGGCCCAGUCCAUGUGGGAGAUCGUGACCUUGGAGUGCCCCGGCCACGAGGAGGUGCCCCGGGUGGACAAGCUGGUGGAGAAGAUCGUGCACUGUAGCUGCCAAGCAUGUGGCAAGGAGCCCAGCCACGGGCUGAGCGUCUAUGUGCAGGGCGAGGACGCGCCGGGUUCCCAGCCGGGCACCCGUCCCCACCCCCACCCGGGCGGGCAGACCCCCGAGCCCGAGGAUCCCCCCGGGGCCCCCCACGUAGAGGAAGAGGGGGCUGAGGACUGAGGCCCCAACUCCUCCUCCCCUCUCAUCCCCUGUGGAAUGUUGGGUCUCAACCUCGGGGGAGCGGUGGGGAGACAGGCCGGAGCCCCCCUUUGGCACUGGAUGGACUUGGAUUCAGACUUGGACUUGGAACGCUUUCCGGUUGCCGUGGAGAUCUGAAGGGAGGGGUUGGGGCCAAGCUGCACAAUUUAAUAUAUUCAAGAGUGAGGGGAGGUA